CCUGGUCAAGCUUUUUAAAAGAAGUCAACAUGACAGAAGAGCUGGGAAGACUUGAAGAGUACUGACAGAAUGCACAUCAUGACAGUCAAGCAGCUUGGUGUAUGGGCUAUAUUGCUCUGGCCCUACCUGCUUACCGUUAGCAUCCCACUGGACUGUAGGGAAGAGCAGAGUAGCCUCUCCCGCUGCCCUUCCAUCUCCCAAGAGAAACUUCUAGACCGAGUCAUCCAGCAUGCUGAGCUAAUAUACCGCGUGUCUGAAGAAUCAUGCUCUUUGUUUGAGGAGAUGUUUGUCCCGUUCCCAUUGCAGCUCCAGAGGAACCAAGCUGGUUAUGCAUGCAUCACCAAAGCCUUACCCAUCCCCAGCUCCAAAAGUGAAAUCCAGCAGAUAUCUGACAAAUGGUUGCUCCACUCUGUGCUGAUGCUGGUUCAGUCGUGGAUCGAGCCUUUGGUCUACCUGCAGACCACAAUGGAUCGCUAUGAUGGCGCUCCUGAAAUGCUGCUCAACAAGACCAAGUGGGUGUCUGAGAAACUGAUCAGUCUGGAGCAAGGGGUGGUGGUCCUCAUCAAGAAGAUGCUGGAUGAGGGAAUGAUGACCACAACAUACAGUGAGCAAGGCCUAUUCCAGUAUGAUGUGCCACCAGAGAUGCUGGAAUCUGUUAUGAGAGACUACACCAUACUCAGCUGCUUCAAGAAAGACGCCCAUAAGAUGGAGAUUUUGCUCAAGCUUCUCAAGUGUCGACAAACUGACACAUACAACUGUGCAUAAAACAUCAAGUGCAGCCUUUAAAUAAUACAGUGUUUAGCUUUAAAUUAAUUCCUAAGGUCGGUAGCCAUCCACUUAUAGACAUGACCAUGCCUUAGGCGAUUCAGCCUUGCUUGCAAUGCAGUACAUUCUUUAUUGAUUGUUUUGGAACACCUUCACACAAAACUAAGUAGGUGUAAUGCUGUGCCCUUUCUUCAACAUACUGCAUGUUAUAUUUCCCUGCUCAGUUGUUAUUUUAACCUGGCAAAGGCAACAGAGGGCAAACUCCCAAAAGAUUAUUUGCGUGUCGAGCUGUCAAAGAAAUCUGCAUAUCCUGCCAUUGAUUUCCAUUUCCUUUGUUCUUAACUGAGUUUGUAUUCCUCGCUGGCUCUGGCAGUGUUUUGAUUAUUCCCACGGCCCCCAGAGUAUUGAGUGAGACUCCCUUUUUAAAUGGAGUUGGUUUCACUUCUGCAUUAUUGAAAUGAAACACUUUCACCGGAGACGGGAGUCAAACAGAGAGCAAUCACUACUUUAAAAAAGAGACACAUUCUGAUUGGUGAAAGAGAGUGUGAGAGAGACAGAGAGAGAGAACAAAUAACAGCUAAAAUGAAAUAUGUGGAGUUUUUGGUUAGACACAGGUUUAGAUUUUUUGAAAGAAUCAUGUUUAUUUAUAAUGCCUAAACGUGCCCAAUUUAACCUGAAUGUAAUAAAGUAAGUUUAUUGUUCACUUUAAAUUACAAGGACAUAUACAGUUUAAAUUUUACUUGUUGUUGUUAGAUAUUAUGAAAAUGUAAUGCAGAAUGCAAGAUAUACUUUUUAGUACUCUCGUGUAAAUAGAAGAGGCCCAAUGUACUGUGAAAACCUUUCUAGUCAAGUGCUGUUGAUUUAAGGCGCUAAUAAAGCAAGUUGUAGAAAGAAAAAAAA